AUGAAUGACGAAGAAGGAGCAACAAACGACGAUCUUAUGCUCGCAGCAUGUCGCAAUGAUCAAGACGAAAUGUUGGAAGAUAUCCUAAAAGAAGGUGACUUUGAUAUUAACUAUACGGAUGGUCUUGGUGAUACAGCCUGUCAUUACGCAGCCAAGUUUGGUGCUAAAAAUUGCCUCGAGUUACUAGUACACAUAUCAUCGAUUGAUUUGAACAGAAAGAACAAAGAAGGCAAAACACCACUACAUUUAGCUGCACAAUAUGAUGAUGACCCCGAUAUUGCUUUGGAUAUGGUUGAUCUAUUGUUAGGCUCAGGUGCAGAUCCAAGAAUUAAAGAUAAUCAAGGUUCCACUAUUCUAGAUCAUGUGGUUAAUGAAGAUAUGCGAGAUUUGAUUGAGCAAUCAUUAGCAGGAUAUAAUAUGGUAAAGAGUAGAUGA